AGGGAAAAGUCAUUAGGAAAAGUUUUGAAAACGUUAAAAACAUUUUAAACUAUUUAAAAAAGAUUAGAAUUAUUCUAAAAGUGCAACACAAGCACGUGCUAUUCCUAAUGUAAGAAGUAAAUGUGAAGAAAACGUUUUCUUAUUAAAGUCAUUAACAUAAUACAGUUGCCUGCAAGAUUGUUUAUACAGUACUGAUGGUGACAUUCAGAGGAGGGUCAUUUUCUCUUAUGUAUGUCAUUGGGCAACAUGGGCAUAUGUUUAUGCACUGCCCCAAGCGCAUGAUGACAAUCCAGACCACAGCAAACUGCCGGUAAGGAUGCGAUCUCUCGUCCUUUGCAUCUCAUUUGCACUCCAGUGCUUCGUUCUGCAAAGCGCAUCAGAGUAUUCUUCAAAAUCCGAGUUGGAAUACGAAUUCGGUGACUAUCGUGGCAGGUUCUGUAUCGACGACAAAGGUUUUGUUUAUAGCAUCGGAGAGGUUUAUUAUCCGAGCUCCACAGCGUGUCCCUGCACCUGCACAGAGGAUGGACCCGUGUGUGUCAGACCCAAGUGCCCGCGUAUACACCCGAGAUGCACGCGCAUCACAUACAAGUCCUGCUGCCCCGUGUGUGAAGCUGUCAGUAAAGUUUGUGUGUACGGGGGCAAAACGUACAGACUGCUGGAGGAAUUUAGGUUGUCACCCUGUGAGCGUUGCCGGUGUGAAGUCAACCGAGAAGUUUACUGCACCAUAUCCGGCUGCCCUGCAUUACACUGUGUGAAUCCUGUAUACGAACCCAACCAUUGCUGUCCUGUGUGCAAAAGUGGGCCAAACUGCUUUGCUGGCAAUCGCGUGAUCUCAGCUGGAGAACGUGUUGAGAUUGAUGAGCGGAUGGUGUGUUUCUGCACCUACCAGGAUGGAACGUGGCAGACGCACACUCACGCUACCUGUGAGGAGCACCAACGAGCAGACAAUGAAGCCACUGACUCCGACAACACAUCCAAACAGAUGGAGGAGCAAGAAAGAGAAGGAGAAAGAGAGAGUGUUCUCGCCCAGGCUGGAUGCCAUCCCAUGAAGGGAAGUGUGCCUGGCACCAGCUCUCCUGACAGGCAGGAGGGGAUGCAGAGCACCAUGCAGGUGUCUGUGCUCAGGGUAAACACAACCUGCGCUGGGAUAACUGCCAAUGCUAACCUCUUUAGCCAACCUCACCACCCCCUCCAAUCCUGACCCACUGAGAAGCAACAUGUACUACUGAAAUCUUCCACUAUUAUACAUGGUACACUUGUUGUUCAGAAAUUAGGGGUCAGUAAGAUUUAAAAUAAAUACUUUUAUGCAGCAAGGUCGCAUUAAAUUGAUCAAAAGUGACAUUAAAGACAUAUACUAUUACAAAAAAAUUGAAUAAAUGCUGUCCUUUUGAACUU